CUCCAGGCCCAGGGAGCAAUCACAGCCGCCCCGACCUUGGCUUCCUCUGCUGGGAGGGAUUGGGGGGCUGGGCCCCCAAAGGGCCCCUGGCUUCCCCCUUCCUUCCCCCUUCCUCUGGGCAGGGUACAGAGAGGUGCAGGCUCGGGGAGCAGGGACUGACUUCCUCUUGUCUCGGAAUGAGCAUGCCUGCCCUUUGCAAAGGGGUUUGGGUCUCUCACACAGAGGAAACCAAAAGCAGUGAGAGGGAGGGAAGGCAGAGCGACCAAUCAAGGGCAGGGUGAGGCACAAAACCAGCGGGCUCCCUGGGGAGCCAGUCAGAGGCCGGGGCCAUGGCGGAGCUUCAGCAGCUGCAGGAGUUUGAGAUUCCCACCGGCCGGGAGGCUCUGCGGGGCAACCACAGCUCCCUGCUGCGCGUCGCAGACUACUGUGAGGACAACUACGUGCAGGCCACAGACAAGCGGAAGGCACUGGAGGAGACCAUGGCCUUUACCACCCAGGCCCUGGCCAGCGUGGCCUACCAGGUGGGCAACCUGGCCGGGCACACCCUGCGCAUGCUGGACCUGCAGGCCGCCUCCCUGCGGCAGGUGGAAGCCCGCGUGAGCACCCUGGGCCAGAUGGUGAACAUGCACAUGGAGAAGGUGGCCCGAAGGGAGAUUGGCACCUUAGCCACUGUCCGGCGGCUGCCCCCUGGCCAGAAAGUCAUCCCCCCAGAGAGCUUACCGUCCCUCACACCCUACUACAGGAGACCCCUCAACUUUGGUUGCCUGGAUGACAUUGGCCAUGGGAUCAAGGAUCUGAGCACGCAGCUGUCGCGGACCGGGACCCUGUCUCGAAAGAGCAUCAAGGCGCCUGCCACACCCGCCUCGGCCACCUUGGGGAGACCGCCCAGGAUCCCCGAGCCCGUGCUGCUCCCGGUGGUGCCCGACGGCAAACUCUCGGCCGCCUCAUCUGUCUCUUCCCUGGCCUCGGCCGGCAGCGCCGAAGGUGUCGGCGGGGUCUCCACGACCAAGGGGCAGGCAGCCCCCCCACCCCCCCCACUCCCCCACUCCAUGGCCCCACCUCCUCCACCAGAUGCCUCCGACGUCUUCCUGCCGCCCCCUCCGCUGGAGGAACUGUCCCUGCCGCCCCCUCCGCUGGAGGAACUGUCCCUGCCGCCGCCAGCCCCAGAGCUGCCCUUGCCCGACCUGCCCCCUCCUCCACCCCUGGAUGUAGAUGAGUUGGGGCUGCUGCCUCCACCCCCACCAGGCUUUGAACCCGAAGAGCCCAACUGGGUCCCUGCUGCAUACUUGGAGAAAGUGGUGACAUUGUACCCAUACACCCGCCAGAAGGACAACGAGCUCUCCUUCUCUGCGGGAACCGUGAUCUGCAUCACCCGCCGCUACUCCGAUGGCUGGUGUGAGGGCGUCAGCUCCGAGGGGACUGGAUUCUUCCCGGGGAACUAUGUGGAGCCCAGCUGCUGACAGCCCGGGGCUCUCCGGGAUGCUGACCAGGCUCUGUCCUGAGUGAGCCUCUCGAGCCCCAGGCCAAAGCCAGCUCCAAGGUCGAGGCUGGACUAGGCCUGCCCACCUCUUGGGCUGUGAGCUGUGUCUGCCCCUUUCCCACACUGUGAUGGGAAGGGGUCCUGGGGAGAGAGGUACCCGGAGGCCUGCUGCAGACAGGAAAGAACUGAAAGCCAAGGAGUUUGGUGACCUUGUCCACCAAGUAGACAGGAGAGGACCCCUACUCCACGCAGGGUGGGGUCUCCAGCUGCAAGUGCCAACUCUGAAUAAAACUCUGACCCUCUUGACAACUGCCCUGCAGGGCUAGGGGGCCAGAGACGGGAGGGAUUGAAAGGCAUCCCAGUUUUAAGCCUCCUGCUAAUUAUUGAGCCCUCCUCUGCCUGCCCCUAGCAGCCGUGUCUCCCAUUUCUUGGGUCCUCAUUAGGUGCCCUCUACACUAGACCCCUGAUGCCUCUCUGCAACGAUUGACUGCACCUUGUUCUUC